ACAAUUGCUUGGUCGAGGUUCCCCAUAGUCAGUCACGCGAGACAAAGGGGGAACAGAAACUUUUUGUUCACUGAAGAAGCGAAAGAAGACAGAGUGGACUGUAGUUAUCGUUAAAUUUAGGUAACGUUAGGAAGAACGAUACAUAGCAGACACAUAUGAGAGUCAUGGUUGUAAGAUGCUGGCUCAUAUAUUUAAUACUACAUCUGAUAGACAAAGGGUCUCUGCAGGACCCACUUGAAAUUGAGGGUGUUGUUGGAGAUUCUGUCAUCUUGCCAUGUUCAUACAAGGAAAGAGUGCUAAACCCAGAUGAAAGGAAUGUGUUUUGGAGAUACAAUACACACAAGAAUGUUUAUGAUAUUGAAAAAGGCAAAGAAGUAACAGAAGACCAGGAUGCAGUGUUCAAAGAUCGAAUAGAAAGUUUCCCAUUAGAGUAUAAAAAUGGAAACUUCUCCAUCAAACUCAACCAUCUAAGGUUCACUGAUAAUGGGGAGUUCUUCUGCUAUAUCUCAAAAGUGGAACGGCAAUACAAUCUAAGGCUGACAGUCAGAGCUCCACCACCUACUUUGUCUCCUCCAAAACCAACAGCUGAUUCAAGAAGCUCUUCCAUGAAAACACAACAGGAUGGAAUUGUAAAUUUCCUUAUUGCUGUUUUGGAAUUUUUUGUUUUGCAUUAUUUCUGAGUAUUUUACUAGAAUACUGUAUUGCUAAACUCACACUGUGCCUUUCUUUAACGUAUACUCACAAUUGUUUGUUUUUGUGCCCCACAAGAAUUGACCUAUUAUUAAGCCCGCCCCCCUUAGUUACUGUUGCUCACUCGGAGUUGCUCUUACAAUGACAGCUGUCAGUGAAAACCUUCGUCCGAAGUGUUUCUGAUACAUUUAGGACACAGAUGGACAUUCAAGUGGUACUUAAAUAUGCCAUGGAGGGAUACAUAAAAUAUGUGAAAAUACAUAUGUAAAAAUACAGAUCACAAUGCAAACAGGAGAAUUAUGUUACGGUUGUCAAAAUCGCAAUGACAGCAUCCUGGUUCAACACCAUUCAUAUACUUCAGUGUAAAAUUAAAUUAAUUUACAUUUAACCAGAUUAUAGGCACUCUCAUAUAGACCUUUGUUCAUUUGUUUUGACUUUCACUGCACAGUACACGAUGUGAGAACAGUUUGCUAUUUAGGUUUCUUAGUUAGCAUGGCCUCACUUACUUUAACAUUUGCUAGUUUUAGCCAGAGUUACCUUGGUGAAGCAGAAGAUGACAUUAACAUUCUGCUUAAGCAGAUGAGUGUAACUUAAUGAGAGCAUGACAACCAGAAAAUUAACCUUUUCUUCUUUAUUUUGAUUGGGGUUGAAUAAUUAGGGACAUUUUGCUCUGUUUUGGUUGGAUUUAGGAAAUGGAUUAAAAUUAAUUACAUUGUCUAUCCUCUCAGGAUUACUGUACUCCAGGCACUUGUUUUUUCCAUUUACCCAUUAAACCGAUGCAAGCU